AUGGCGGACCUUACUUCCUUAGAAAAAAUCCAGGCCUACAUACCCAGCAUCACUGAAUUCAAAUUUGCCAUAGCCAGGAAGCACAAAAUAGAGUACGGCCGAGGUGUUCCACUACCCCUGCAAAAAAGCCCAAGAAUGCGUGUGGACACCAAUCAACUGGACCAUUUCAUAUCAUUCAUUGCAAGCCCCCACAUCAUUCAAGACCUCCCUUUUGGCCAGCGGUACUUACAUCUUUCGACUGGUAAAGUUUUGGAGACACCCGAUGUGAUGCGUAAUAUGAGACCACAGCGUAUUGUUAAGCAAUACAUGCAGUACUGCUAUGAAACAAAUUUCAAGCCAUUUAGUCCAUCGACCAUGCUUCGCAUUUUGUCUUGUUUUAGCGCAACGGUUAGGAAAUCCUCGCAAGGACUCGAUUACAUUGCGGCAGAGGGAGCGAAAGGAUUUGAUGAUUUGCACCGAAUUUUGGACCGUUUAGGAGAGUACGGUCUUAGAAGGGACCUGGUGAGCCAUUAUCAAAAAUCUCUUAAGGAAGCAAAGCAUUACUUGAAGGCUAAAUAUAAGGUAUAUCAGUUGUAAUCAAAGUAUGUGAUUUAAAAAGGCUUGCCAUAUUGUGAAAGUGUGAGAGCAUGGGCGACAGUCAGCAGUUUUUUGAAGUGGCUGUUCACGAGAUCAAACAAGAGCCUGAUAUUAAUGCUCUGCUUCUGCUUUUACGCUUUUUAAUGACAAUCUUUUUCGAAUCAAUUACUUAUUAUCAAGUUAUAGUGCAUUGUCUCAAAAUAUUUUUGCCAUUUUUCCAGGCUCAUGUUGCUGAAUCUGCAACCAUUGCGGAUCACUGCAGUACCUAUGCUUUGAGUGAUAGUAACGAGGGUCCAUUUAAAAGCACGUGCAAUCAUUCACAUGACAAACGCUGUAUGCAAUGUGAGACCCUGAAGGACGUUCUAGAAAAAGUCGAAAAUUGUUUUGUGGACUGCGAAGUGAGUCCAGAGGAAUUGGACGAUUUGACGUAUUCUUGCCGACAAGCGGUAGACAGCAUCAAAGGGUGGAAAGCACAUCAGCUUCAAAGUUGCAGACAGGACGAGGCAAGAACAUCCAUUCUAAAUACCCUUGAUGAAAGGUCUGUUCACGUAACUUAGGAUUGGGCCAUGAAAUUCCUCCCACAAAAAUACCGAGAGUCGCAAUCUGAUUGGUUUGGUAAGCGGGGAAUUUCGUGGCACAUAAGUGUGGUUGCGCGCAAGAUCAAGCAAUGUUUUCAACACCAGGCAUUUGUGCAUGUUUUGGAGAACUGCAAGCAGGACAGCUCCACUGUUGUGCGAAUAAUUGAACACACUUUACGGACCCUGAAACAUGAGCAUCCCGAAUUGACAACUGCUUUUCUACGGCAAGACAACGCCGGUUGCUACCAUUCUGCUGAAAUGCUGGCAAGCUGCGCUCAAAUGGAAUCUAAAACUGGUAUCGCAGUACGAAGGGUUGACUUCAGCGAUCCCCAGGGAGGGAAAGGUCCUUGCAACAGAAAGGCGGCUACUGUCAAAGCCCAUGUAAGGAGAUACAUCAACGAAGGUCAUGAUGUGUUGAAUGCUAAUGACUUCUUGAAUGCCAUGCUUUCAAAUGGUGGAAUACCAAAUGUUAGAGCGUUAUUGCUGAUGCCUAUAGUACCGAAAGGGAUGCUCAACUUUCACUGAAGUAGUCUGGCGUUAACUCUUUAGACAACUUUUUGUAUCCUGUGAAAACUAUCACUGUUUGGAAAGCGUACAAUGUUGGCGAGGGAAAGAAGGUACCAGGUAGGAAAAACAAAUGGGGAAAAGUUUUUUCAUUUAUUCAACAUAUUUAACCUUUAAUGUGGAGUACAAGGUUUUAUGCUGCCGUCACGCUCGGCAUGAAAUUUUUUAUAAGAAGAAGAAAAAAAACAGUGACAAGAAAAAACACACUGGGAUAAAAAAACUCUUUUUCUUAUUGAAGUUAUACUCGUGCUCCACACUCUAGUUUACCACCUACUAUUACUUAUCCUUCGCGCGAAAUACCCCUAAACAACAACAACAACAACAACAACAACAAACACUGUCCAUUUGCGGAGCUGAAACUUGUAUAAUAGUAUUACAUUUUCAUUUUGGUUUUUUAGUUCCAGAUUACUCACAGCCGCAAAGCUUUGAGAGCCAGUUUUCCUCAGGGGACUUCUCAGAAGUAUCUCAGGCGGUCGAUAAGCCAAAACCCAGUUUUCAAGAGACUGGUGAACAACAUCCAGAUGAGAAGGAAGAAGACCGAGACCUGAGCGCUAUGUUUUCUUGUCCGCACGAGGGUUGCGUUAAGAUGUAUCAGCGUCACUAUGCUUUGGAAAAUCACUUGCUGUAUGGGCAAUGUGAGUUUCUACCGGUCAGAGAAAGUCUUAUGGACAAGGCCAAAGUAUUAUACCAUGAUAAAAUACUCUCUGAGGCGAGCAACCUGCCAUCCGUGAAAGCUGAGUCAAGUCAAUGCCCGGUAACAACUGAGGUUCUUCCACAAGGGUGGGCUUUAAGAUCCGCUAGAAAGGCAACACGGUUUAGUGAUUCCCAGCGACAGUACUUAGACGGGAAAUUUAACGUCGGGCAAGCAACAGGAGUGAAACUUGAUCCUGUGGAUGUUGCACGUGACAUGCGUUACGCGCGAAACCAGGAAGGGGAAAAGCUGUUCACUAUAAGUGAAUUUUUGACCGAACAGCAAAUUCAGUCAUACUUUUCAAGACGAGCCUCUAAACUCCGGCAUUCUCAUUCAGAAGAUCCAGAUUCUGAUCGAGACGAGGAUGUUAUGGCCGCUGAAGAGGAAAUCGCGCACGAAAAUGUUCGCGCAGUUGUGUUAGAGGAGGUGGGAAUAAGGCACUCAAUUGUUUUCGACACUUUCAACUUAUGUGACAUGCACAAGGCAGGUAAACUGCGACACCUAAGUAUUUCCAUGCUGCGUUCCAUUUGCGAACAUUUUAACAUCGAGGUGAUGAACAUCAAAGGACGACGCAAAGCUCCUUACUUGUCUCUACUUGGGGAACUUCUCGUGGCAUGCAGUUGUCAUAAAAGUUAG